CAACAUACACACAGCUGCUUCGUUUGUGUUCCGUGUAUCAUUGCGUUCCUUCAUGGUCAAAUAAUCAGUUGAAGAAGACGACAAACUCGUACACACACACACAUACACACUGAAUUCAAAUUGUAUACGAACGAACGGGUCUGGUAUAUGAAACAUACUCUCGAAGCAACUCUGGAAUACAGUUUAGUUUCUGUUUAACAACAACUGAGAAAGCAACCAACCUAGAGAAGCAAAAAAUAAUAGUCUUGGAAAUAAAAAUACAAGAUCAAGAAGAAGCAAAAGGAAAAAAAUAAAGCAAAUAAAUAACAAUUUAAAACAAAAAACCAAACUAAAUUCAACACAACAACAAAGUGUCAACAAAGUCUUUUAAUGUCUAAACACUGAGCAAUUAAUGUGUAAAUGUCAUCGUCGUCGUCGUAUGUCGUCGUUUAACAAACCCCGAAAAACAAACAGUCUACAAAUGUUACUUUAAAUCCAACCCGCAGAAAAAUCGAUUUCAUUCGCCCACGGAAAACAAAAAACCAGAAAUCAUGAAUUGUUGAAACAAAUUUUUUAUACAAAAAAUUUUGUUUCACAGUGCCCGAGAAGAAUAACUGAAACUGCUGCAAAAGAAAAACAAUAAUCGUCAUUUUAUCAUCAUCAUCGGUAUAAAAGUUGCAUUUUUUUGCGUAACAUUUGUGAUAAUUACAAAUUAAUUUAUUAAUUUGUUUAAUUUAAAUUAAAAGAAAUAUUUAAAAAUAAGUUUUUUACACAAAAAACAAAACCAAACUGAGUACAAAUUAGUUAAAGAAAAACUCUACUAGUAGACUCAUAAGACAAUACUUUUUGUACUGUAACACUCACAUAUACACAUAAAGACCAACAACAAAUACACACAGAAGAAAAAAAGAACUCUCAUCUUGUCAAUGGCACAGAUUUGAUAUGAACCCCCCAAAGUCUUUCUCAAUCAUCGUAACAAUAAAAGUGCAAUAAUCUAAAAUCAGAAAACAUCUCGAUUCCCUGCGUUUAUCAAAAAUGGCUGUCAAAAUGUACUAGGCCAGCCCUCACAAUGUCUGUCCCUGUACGCUACUCUGCUGCCGCCAAUUACGCCGUCGCUGAUAGUGGUCUAAACAAUCAAGAAGAGCAAUAUCACCAAUACUCUGAACAGGAUUUGUAUAACCACCAUUUCAACAGCCAUUUGAACAACAACAUCAUCUACGGCUACAACAGCGUUUUGGAGGAGCAGCAGCAGUUGUUGAUGCAGCAGAGCACAUCGAUGUCUGUGAUGGUGAAGCCUGAAGACCUGGUUGCAGUAGGAGCAGGAAACAUCAGCCGCGGCAACAACAUGGCUACCAACAACAUCGCCCCCUAUCAUCAACAACAUAUGGAUCAGGAGCCACAGGCCACAACAUCGGCCAAGGCCCGUGAACUGUUGAUGGUCGGCCGUGGUGGUGGUGGCUCGGACAACGAGCUCCCCACAACAUCGGCGAUGGCGAUGGCGGCGGCGGCAGCAGCAGCUGAAUCUGCAAAUACUGCAGCCAUUAAUGGCAGCAGCCGUACUGCAGAGAUGCGAACUGAGUGGAUGAGGAUGUCUGACGAGGGCCGGUAUGGAACACCGAGUGCUGCUGGCUUGGAUUAUCAGAAAUUUGAGCUGGAACAACAACAACAAACACCUAACAAUCAUAUGGACCAAACCAUGGAGCCUUCGUUAACGGACAAUGAGAAGAAAACAACAACAACAACUAUUAACAAUUUGGAAGAUCAACUGGUAUCGCUAUCAUCUGAGGAGCUUUACAAUACUCUUAAGGAAUAUGAUGCAUUACAAGAUAAAUAUCACACCGUUCUAUUGUUGCCGAAAGAAUCAAGGCGUGAAGUUACAGCUGGUGGUCGUGAUGGCUCCGCUUAUGUUUUACGUUGCCUUAAAAUUUGGUAUGAGCUGCCCUCCGAUGUCUUAUUCUCCGCCAUGAGCUUAGUGGAUCGUUUCUUGGAUCGCAUGGCUGUCAAGCCAAAACACAUGGCCUGCAUGAGUGUUGCCUCAUUCCAUUUGGCCAUUAAACAAUUGAAUUUGAAGCCUAUACCCGCCGAAGAUUUAGUUACAAUCUCACAGUGUGGCUGUACUGCUGGUGAUUUGGAACGUAUGGCUGGUGUCAUUGCCAAUAAACUGGGCGUGCAAAUGGGUCAUGCACCCAUUACCUCGGUCAGCUAUUUGCGCAUAUACUAUGCCCUGUUCUAUAAUCUUGCCAAGGAGAUUGGCGGUCAAUUCUUUGAAUUCUACAAGCAAUUGAUUAAAUUGGAAGAAUUGGAGAAUCGCUUGGAAAUUCUGUUGUGCGAUGUGAAAACAACCGUGAUAACGCCAUCCAUUUUAGCUUUGGUAUUGAUAUGCCUGCAUUUAGAUUUCCACAUUAAGGAAUCAUAUACCCGUGGCAGCCCCGAAUUGAAGCAUGUCUUUGAGUACAUACUCUUCUUGCAGCAAUAUAUGAGGAUUCCCGAUCGUGUAUUCACCUGCGGUUUUAGCAUUGUUUCGGGCAUCUUGUCCCAUUACAAUGGACAAAAUAAACAGCCCUACAAGCAACGUUUGGUAUGGAAACUAUCCAGUCGCACGUUGCGUGUAUUGCGCCCAACCAAUCGUUUUUCAACCGACCUGCCCACCAUUGAUGAAGGCAUUUCUAAUGUCAUGGACGAUGGAUGUCGAUCGAGAACCGAAAGUGUUAGUUCUGAAGAAGAGGAGGACUGGCCAACUUCACCCAUUAUUCCAAUAUUCGAGCAAUGUUAGUACGAGACCAACAACCGGAAACAAAUAGUAGCAUAACAGGAUCAAAAUGUUAAGCCAAGAAUUAUUAUUUACUUCAAAAAUGUCGGUAUGCCCAAACAAGAAGCAAACAAACAAACAACAACAUACACUACACAACCGUCCAUUUAGUGCCGUGUGAAUGCGUUAAAGAAAGAAAUAACACACUAUAGACAAUAAGGACAUAUAUGGAUAUGGAUGUGAUAUGCUGCUGCAAAACAAUAAAUGAAAGAGAGGAGCCAACAAAUCAAGAAAACACAUCGCAAAGGAUGAAACUACAAUGUAAAUGUGUAAUGUGAUGAUAAAUGACUCUUUUUUCGUUUUGGAAGCACUAAAUGCGGUUGUUUUGUUUAAAUUUGGAUGAAAAAAGAAAAGUAAACAACAACAACAUAAACAUAUCCUGCAAAUAUACUGCACAUUGUAAUGUGAUGUUAAAGGUUUUAAUUUCGUACUAAACAAACAAACAUUAUUUUAAACACAAACAAACUCAAUAUAUCAACAACUGUGGAAUACUUGGAAUACACCCUGCAGCUUUUGUCAACAUUAAAAAUAGCAGCAACAAGAAAAGGAGAUGAGUGUAUAUUUUUGUGUGUAGCAAAUGACAAAAUGCAUCAUAAUUUAAACUUAAGUUAUUUAUCUAUCCCUCUACCACCCGCCACAUUUCUGGUUCUCUAAUUGUCUAAAUCAAAGAAUGAUGUAAAGAAUCCUCCUCCUCUACUAUUUCCAAUUGAUGAUGAGAAGAUGAUGAAGAAGAAAUCACAAAAGAAGAGAAAACAAAAGUUGAAGAAAGAAAGCAACCAUGAUAUUUUAAGAUGAUUAGAAGAUAUAUCCAUAAGUUUAAAUAUCCAAAUUUUAUUACUUACAAAAACAACAAUAGCAACAACAGGAAGAUAUGAAAGAAGAAAAAAUCCGAAAAAAAACUUAAGAAAAAAAUCCAAAAAAAAAUUAAAAAACUUAAAUAUGAAAGCGGACCAUCAUUACCAGGAUUGAUGUAGUUCCGGACCUUUUUGAAAGCGAUUGCAAUCGCCAACGAAAAAACGAAAACUUAAAACCACCAAACAUCAAUAACACCACAAUAUGGUAACAGCCAAAAGCCCUGGGCUAUCGAUUCGUUGCCGUCAGUAGUUCGUCUAUUGGCAAACGAAUCAAUAGCUUGGGCUUUGUAAAACAAAUGCUGGGCGUUUUUGUUAUUCCAUUAAGGUCGUGUCUCUGUUGUGAUGGACAAAAGAUGUGACUGAUGACAUUCCUGCCAAAAGAAUGUCUCAGCCAGCAAUCGCGUCACCAUUCAAACAAAACACUCUCUUCUUGAAUAAUUUGGGUUCGCGCUCAACAUAAAAUAUAUUAAUUUUAAUAUACAGUAUAAAAAGAAAAAACCAACAAAAAAAACUUCUUAGCCUACAAUUAAGUGGAAAAUCGUAUAGAAUGGAAAAAAACCCCUUAUAUACAUACAAUAACAACAACAAAAAAACAUAUAUGUGAAAAAGAACAAAAACAAAAAACCCAAAAAAACUACAAAAAAUAUUCAAAAAAUCUAAAAAACAUAAAAUCACCAUUUUAAACUACCAACUACUCUAUCCAUUAGAUGAACAGAAAGAAAGAAAGAAAAAAUCGAAAAAAAAACUUUAACUUUAUUAACUAAAUUAAUUCAUUAAUUACAAACCAAAUCAUCAAAAGAAAAACAACAACAACUAGUUUCUGUGUGUAUCAAUGUUAAUUUCGAAAAAAUAUCCUUAACAAGAAAAGAAAAUAUUUCAAAUUUUGUCCUUAUUUUAGUUUUGUUUUGUAAAGAAGAAGAUGAAAGUACACAGGCCCCAUUUCUUUAUUAAUGUUUAUUAAAAAAAUACCGUAAAAUUGACCUUAUCAAUCAUUUUUUUUGUUGUCUCCAAAUAUAAUUUAAAAUUUAUUUAAAAAAAUCUACAAAACAAAAUUGAAUGUUUUCUUUCCGAACAAACAACUUAAAAGCAUAAAAAACAGGAACAAGAAGAAACAAAAAACUAACUAACUUUUGUAGAAGUUUAUAAAAGUACAAAACGUUCUAGGGAAGAAGAAACAAGGGGGCAAGGAUAAACACUGAAAACCAAACGUGUUUACCUUUCCCUUUUGUUUUUGAAAAUAUAUAUUUUUAAAUUAAUUUUUUAAUAACAUACCAAGCAACACUCUUACUGUAAAAUAUUGUAAUGAGUUUAUUUUCAAAUGAAACUUUUUGUUUUGUUGUACGCUAAACAGUUGUUCAAAAUAAACAUGACAAUCUGUAAACUAGAUUUCAAUUACUUAAAGGUUUAUCAAGAAUCUCAUUUUAUUUUGGUAAUUUGGAUAAUCCAAAAUAGCUACUGUUUUGGCCAAUGCAAACAACAAAAGGUUUUGUUUAUAUUCUUUGUGUUUUGUUUUGUUGUAAACAAAACACAAUCCCCCCAAAAAAAGAAAAAACAAACAUCAAACAAAAAUCAAUCGAUGUAUUUAAGACUGUUCCUCGAAGAAGAAAGAACACAUUAAAAGUCUUCAAAUCCUUAAAAGCCUUUCAAUCAAAAAAACAAAA